AUAAUCACAGUAUUACGGUUAAUUUUAAUAUCGUUCUAAACAUUUUUAAUGGUUAAUGUUAAAAGUUUAGUGUAGAAAGUUGAUGAAAAGUAACAAAAUAUUUUGUAAGAGAUAAUAGUAUUUUGUCUAUUAUGAAAUCAUGAAGAACGACUGUACCAAACGAACUAAGGCAUCUAAAACUCCUGUAGAAGUAUCUGAAUCGUUACAAAAGCUUUCCAAAGUUGUUGAUAAUGUGCGACAAUCAAUCGGUAAUAUUCCUGUUAUACCAUCUACCAGUGCGAAAUCUGAAUCUACAGAACUGCCACCUGUGGCUACCCAAAUCGAAACAGAAGAAGACAUUGAAAAAAAAGAGAGAGAAACAUUGUUGAACUUCAUUUCAGAAUGUGUUACCAGGCAAGAAGAAAAGAAAACAUUAAGACAAAAUAAUCAAGAAUGUGUAUUCCCUGAUGAAUCGGAUAUAUCUAAAAGGGAUUCUAGCUUGAAAAAAAAUACAGCAUUCAUUAGAAAACUUAAAAAUUUCCCCCCUCCUCAACUUGACCAGUUACUCAAAGACAUGAACUCUUUGAAUUUAACUAAAUAUUUAUCCGAAGUUGUGUCAGCUCUUACUGAAAUCAAAUUAAAAAUGACAGAAAUUGAUGCCAUGAUAUUAUUAUGCACUCAAUUAAAUACUACUUACUCAGAUUUCUCAAAGAUUUUCUUUGAGCAGUGGCAAAAAAUAUUAAAUAUUAAAAAAGAUGAUAAAAUAACCAAUAUGAGUAAAUUUAGGGUUGAUCUUAGAUUAUUUGCUGAACUUACAUCUGCUGGUAUUAUACCUCAAAAAGAAGGUCUUGUAUUACUUGGCAAUAUAUUAACUAUUUUGAUUAACUCAGAUCUUCAGGAACAUAAUAAUUUAAAUAUUAUCCUUAGCUUUUGUAAAUAUUGUGGUGACGAUUAUGCUGGAUUGGUUCCUAAAGAAAUGCAAGAUCUAGCUGAUAAGUUUGAUAUUGAAAUACCAAAAAGUAAUAUGAUUUCUAGUGACAAACAGAAAAAUGUAAGAGCAUUGUUAAAAGAGUAUUAUAUAUCUUUAAACAAUCACAUAAAAAGAAUGCAUAAUGAUUUAGAGUAUGCUGAAAAACAAAAUGAAAAAAUUUUACAAACCAAAGGUGAACUAAGGCCAGAACGUAAAGCUAAAAACGAACAAAUGAAUGUUACUUAUCAAAAACUUUAUAGUUCGGCUUUAACUUUUGCUGAUAUACUCAAUGAACCAGUCAUUAUAUUAAAAGAAGAAAAAAAGAAUAGUUCAACUGAGGAUUUGACUGAUUCAGAACUAGAUAUUGUAGGAACACCAACACUAUCAGAAUUAACUAGUCUUUGGGAAGAUGAGGAAACUCAAAAGUUUUAUGAAGAAUUUCCAAAUCUUAGUAAUUAUAUUCCUGAUAAAAAUAAGAAGAUUGAAGAGCCUGAAGAACCUGAAGUUGAAUGUAAUACAAAAAAAAGUUUAUCAGAUAUUAAAGAUGCUGUGGACGUUGAAGUAUCCAAUAUUGGUACCAAAGUUAUAUUUGAAUCAUUUGUUGAACAAUUACCAAAAUGUGUUAAUCGAGAAAUGAUUGACAAUUUGGCUAUUGAAUUUUUAAUUUAUCUCAACACUAAGAAUAAUCGUAAAAAAUUAGUUAAAGUUUUAUUCAGUGUUCCUAGAACCAGAGUAGAUCUGUUGCCAUUCUACACACGUUUAGUAGCUAUUUUAAAUCCUUUAAUGCCAGAAGUGGCACUUGAACUUUGUUCUUUAUUAAAAAGUGAUUUUAGAUAUAAUGUAAAGAAAAAAGAUCAGAUUAAUAUUGAAACAAAACUUAAAGUUGUUCGCUAUAUUGGGGAAAUGGUUAAAUUUAACCUUAUGAUUAAAUCUGAAGCGUUGCAUUGUUUUAAAAUGUUACUUAAUGAUUUUAGUCAUCAUCAUAUAGAAAUGGGUUGUGCUUUAUUAGAAACAGCUGGACGAUUUUUGUACCGUUCUCCAGAUAGUCAUCACCGAACCAAAAUUUAUUUGGAACAAAUGAUGAGAGUCAAAUCCAUUUCAGCUCUGAGACCUGUAUAUGUCACAAUGAUUGAAAAUGCAUAUUACUUUGUAAACCCUACUGAUUCACCAGCAAUUAUGAAAAAGCAGAGACCUAUAUUACACGAGUUUAUCAGACAUUUACUUUAUAAUGAGUUAAAAGAUGCACCCGAAAAAGAGAACAUCAUUUUAGAUCUUCUUAAACAAAUGGAUUGGGAAAAUAGUGCAGAGAAAACUUAUUUGAUAAAAUGUUUGACUGAAGCUUGGAAUGUUACUUAUCCAAUGAUAUCAGAUUUGGCAUGUUUAGUUGCUGCUUUUGUUGAUUAUGAUGAUUCAAUUGGAACACGUGUUGUGGAUGGGGUUAUGGAAGAUAUCCGUGUAGGUUUAGAAACAAACUUAGUAAAAUUUAAUCAGAGGAGAAUAGCUAUGAUCAAGUAUUUUGGUGAACUAUAUAAUUAUAGGCUAAUAGAAAGCAAUGAUGUCUUUAAAGUGUUGUAUAGUCUUGUAUCAUUUGGUGUAGUAUAUGAUCCAGAUUUUUAUUCCACAUUUGAUCCUCCUGAAAAUCUAUUUAGAUUGAGACUUAUAUGUGUUUUACUUGAUACUUGUGGUGAAUUUUUUAAUCGAGGCCCUGGUAAACUUAAAUUAGAUUGCUUUAUUUUAUAUUUUCAAUAUUAUUUUUGGUUAAAAAAAUCAAGUACUACUUGGGAUACUCAAAAUCCUUUUCCUGUUACAGUAGAUUACUUGGUUACAGACAUAUUAAAAAAACUUCGACCUAAUUUGAAGAUGAAAAACUGUUUUCUUGAAGCUCAAAAAGUAGUUAUUCUACUUCAAGAAAGACUUAUUCAACAGUAUAAUCUCAAACAAAAAGAAGAAUCUCAACUAUCAACGAUUGAUGAAGAAACUGAUGAUAAACAACAUUUAGAAGAGGAUGACUCUGAUAUGGAUUACUCAGAAGACGAAGAUAGUGACGGUACUGUUUGUAGUGAUAAAAUUCCAGUUGAACCAGUCCGUCGAAAAAUUGAAGAUCCUGAAGACUUUGAAUUUUUAGAAUCUUUUGAUAAAAUGGUCAGCGAUAACAUACAAGAAAGAACAAAAGAAGCGACACGUCCACAAACGGAAAUAUCAAUACCAUUUCAUUUAAAGAAAUAUAGUAAAAAAACAUAUGAGCAGUUACAGAAUACUAAUGAAGAUAACUCUGUUAACUUUAUAUUGAUGUUAAAAAAAGGAAACAAACAAACAUUCAAGAGCUUACAAGUGCCAGUGGAUUCUGAAUUGGCAUCAAAUCUAAAGAGCCAAGAAAUGGCUGAACAGGCAGAGUUAAGAAGAGUUAAGCAACUGACUCUGGAUAUCAAUAAUAGACAAGAAGAAGAAGAUUAUAAAGAUUUAGCUCAAGUAAUGCAGAAACCAAUUACUACUACUUUUAAAGAUAAAAAGCCCCCACCAAAUAAAGGAACACCAGACGCAGAAACAAUAUUUGGGAAGAAAAAAAGUGACAAAUGGGUUUAAUGGAUCAAAGAAUAUCUCCAUGCCUCCAUGUUUGGUUUGAACCUAACGAGAAUGACCCAAAUUAUUUGUGAUAUUAAUUUAAGCAUUUUCAUAAAGAAGUACAAGUAAACAAAAUUAGCUAAAUGUGUAUUUAUUUUUUGUUCCAAUAAAAGUAAUGUUUAUUUUUGUUAAAAAUUAUAUUAAUUGAAUAUGGUCAACUUUUAUUAUACUCUAAAUAUAAUUUAUUGAACCAUAGUUUUAAUCAACUUUAAAUUUAGUGAAGCUUUAUUUUUUUUCACAGAAUAUAAUUAUAUUUCUUGUAUAUUUUAAACUAUAUUGUUACUGUUGCUUAAGUGACAAUGGUUUACAUAACUUCUGUCCAGGGCAAUAUUUGACUGAUAUUUUUUUUUCACUUUUAAUUAAUACUAAUUUUGUAUUAAUACAAUAUGCCUUACUUAACUGUUAUUUUAUGUAAAAGAAUGAGAUAUAAAUAUUGUUUAUUACACCAUAAAUUACAUACCAUCCAUUUAGUGUUACAAUUAUUAAAUUAUAAUUUAUUUUUUUAAUAUUGAAAAACUAAAUUAUUAAGUUUUUGAUGAAAAUAAUAUUUGAGAAUAACAUAAUAUACCCAUACUGUUGUCAAUAAAAGUCUUAAGUAGAUUGUAAAUUUGUAAAUAUACACAAUUGUCUGUUAAUAUAUUAAUGUUAUUAUAUUUUAAAUUAAGAACAUAAGUAUAUUGAAAAUAUUAUAUUUA